AUGAGCGGCCUAGACCCGCGGAAGAUGAAAGUAACCGAACUGCGAGCUGAACUGCAGCGCCGGGGACUGGACUGCCGGGGCCUGAAGGCCGAGCUCAGCGACAGGCUGCAGGAGGCGCUCGACUCCGAGCUGCUUGGCGGGGGCGACGAGGAGAAGGCGGCGACCGCCAACCCGGGAUUAGCAGAGGAGGAGGAGGAGCGGGCCUUGGAGCUCGGGGAGGGAGAAGACGAGGACGACCAGGCCGGGGAGCCGGUAGAGGAGGAAGAGGACGAGGAGGCCGCACACGACGAGCAGGAUCUCCCGGGGGAGUCGGGCUGUGCCCCCACCGAAGAGGAGGAGGAGGAAGAAGAAGAUAUGGAGGAGGCGGCCGAGGCUGGGGGGUCGGUGAAUGGCGCCGCACACAAGGAAUCGGCGGAGGCCAAGGACGGAGAGAAGGCCGGGGCUGGCGCUGAAGCUGAUAAAAAGAAGUCUGAUUCAAAAAAUGCAGGAGCUGGACGCAAAGGGGUUAAGAGAGUACGGGAGGAAGAACAACGUGGACGCACAUAUCAUGAAUACAAAGAGGAGGGUUAUUAUAGCCGUUCCAAGUCUCCUGCACCUACUGUAGAGGCAUGCGAUGAAGUGGAAGACAGUGUGCUGUGUCUUGAUAUUUCCAACUGUGAUCUGCAAUUUAAGAUGGAUAAGGACCGCUUUGGAGGAAGACCUCUGUUUUCUGAGAAGUUCCCAUCUUUGUGGUCAGGAUCUCGAGCCACUCAUGGGGUAACUGAUGGCACAGUUUACUAUGAAGUCAAGGUGACUGAGAAUCUUCCUGUGAAAGAAGGCUGUACGGAGGUUCCUCUGCUCCGUGUGGGCUGGUCUGUAUACCAGUCAGCUCCUCAGCUGGGUGAAGAUGACUUAUCCUUUGCUUACGAUAGCCGGGGAUUGAAGGUCACCAGUGCACAUUUUGAUCCUUAUGGGGAAUCUUUUGGUGAAAAUGACGUGGUUGGCUGCCUUGCUAACCUUGAUGGUGACUCGGUGGAGAUAUCUUUCUCUAAAAAUGGCGCCGAAUUUGGCCAGGCAUUUGUAGUAGAUAAGAAUACAUUAGGAGAGCAGGCAUUGAUGCCCCAUAUUUUGUGCAAGGGCUGCGCUUUCCAGGUGAACUUUGGUCAGAGGGAGGAGCCCUGGCAUAGUCCACCUGAUGACUUUACAUUCCUAAAAGAGUUUACAGAUGAGGAUCUUACAAGAGCACCAUCGCCACCAAAAACCAAUGAGGAGUGUGAGGUGUUGCUUAUGGUUGGUCUCCCAGGAACUGGAAAAAGCACAUGGGCUCAAAAACACAUCGAGGAAAAUCCAGAGAAACAAUUCCAGCAUCUUUGUACAGAUGCUCUUCUGCCACAACUGAAGACAGCUGGACCAGAUGCCCCUGAAGAAGAUGAGAAAGCAAAGGAUCAUCUUGUCCAGGUAGCAACUCAGUGUUUGAUCAGGCUGGUGCCACUGGCUGCCCGCAGGAAGAGAAAUUACAUAAUUGAUCAGUGCACAGUGUACAGCUCUGCACAGCGCAGGAAAAUGCAUUGUUUCAAAGGAUUUCAACGCAAAGCUGUGGUACUCGUCCUCAGUGAUGAGGAGUGGAAGAAAAGGUUGGAAAUGCGCAAAGAGAAGGAAGGGGAGAUUGUUCCUGAAUAUGUACUCUUGGAAAUGAGAGCCAACUUCGUUCUUCCUGCAAAGGGUGACUUUCUAGAAGAUGUUCUGUAUGCUGAGCUGGGCCAGGAAGAGGCAGAUGCUCUGGUACAGAAAGAGAAGAAGGAGGCACGGAAGCAGCUGCCCACCAAUGAGAAGAGACGACACCGUAUGCAAAAGCGUGCACGCUCAGACAGGGGCCGCGGAGGUAACCGUAACUACCAACAUCAGAGGAGCUUCAAUAGCCGUAUGUACUUGCAGCACUCAAGGCCACAGCCCUAUCAUCAGCAGCCACGUCAGUACUGGGGAGGAACCCACAGAGGGGGUUACCAGGAUUUCUAUGAUCGUUAUUCUGAGCCACAAAGAUACUAUGGACAACCAAACUUCAGGCAGCAAAAUAGAGGAUGGCAGAACUAUGACAGAGCACCAUACUGGGAUUACUAUGGGUACCGUGGAUACCGGUGA